CUUCCAGGGGGCUGGGAGGAGGUGGAGUGCAGCGCGGCUCUCGCCUAUAAGGAGGUGCCCAGCGAGCGGCUGGUGCUUCCCACCCAGCCGCCGCUCGCAAGGUGAAUCGCCGCGGCGGCAGUCGGGGCAGCGGGCUCGCUUCGGGCACUACCGCUGGCGUCCGGAGCGGCUCCUCCAAGGGCUGCGAGGAGUCCCCCGGCCGGCCCCGGCUUCCCUUCAUCCGGAGUGCUUGGAUGCUGUAUGGAGUAAAUGAGCGGUGGCAGAACGAGCGCACAGAGGCUGAGAGGUGCUCGGAGACCGGGACCAGGGGAGACAGGCGAGCUGCUGGCUUCCCCCUCCGAUGCUGAAGAUGGAUUCCCGAGCCCUCGGGGGCUUCACUCUGCUGCUCUUCACUUUAUGGCAUCUGGGAUUAACUGCAACAAAUUAUAAUUGUGAUGAUGCACUGGUCUCUCCCUUACCUUCAGCUGCCCUUACCAGUUCCUCUGAGCUCUUCAGUACUCACAGUUCCAGCUUUGCAAAACUCAACAGGCGAGAUGGAGCAGGUGGCUGGUCCCCACUGGAGUCCAACGAGCAGCAGUGGCUCCAGGUAGAUCUGGGCGACAGAGUGGAGAUCGUGGCGGUGGCCACCCAGGGCCGGUACGGGAGCUCGGACUGGGUGACCAGCUACGCGCUGAUGUUCAGCGACACCGGCCGCAACUGGAAACAGUACGGACAGGACGACACCGUCUGGGUUUUCACAGGGAACAGCAAUGCUGACAGUGUGGUUCACCACAAGCUGCUGCACUCCAUGAAAGCUCGAUUCUUGCGCUUCAUCCCUCUCAAGUGGAACGUUGGUGGGCGGAUAGGACUGAGAGUUGAGGUCUUCGGCUGCUCUUACAAGUCAGAUGUUGCAGACUUCGAUGGCAGAAGUUCACUUCUCUACAGGUUCAAUCAGAAGCUUAUGAGCACAUUCAAAGAUGUCGUUUCCUUGAAGUUCAAGAGCAUGCAGGGGGAUGGAGUCUUAUUCCAUGGGGAAGGACAGCGUGGAGACUACAUAACCUUGGAACUGCAGAAAGGGAAGCUCUCCUUGCACCUCAACCUGGGAGACUCCAACCUGCACUUCAGUAACAGCCACACGUCUGUCACCUUGGGCAGCCUCUUGGAUGACCAGCACUGGCACUCAGUUCUCAUAGAACGCUUCAACAAGCAAGUGAACUUCACAGUGGACAAGCAUACCCAGCACUUCCGAACAAAGGGCGACUCGGAUCACUUGGAUAUUGAUUAUGAGCUCAGUUUCGGAGGGAUUCCUGUCCCAGGGAAGCCAGGAACCUUUCAGAGGAAAAAUUUCCAUGGAUGCAUUGAGAACCUUUAUUACAACGGAGUCAAUAUAAUUGACCUCGCCAAAAGACGCAAACCUCAGAUCUAUACUGUGGGGAAUGUGACCUUUUCUUGCUCAGAACCACAAAUUGUUCCCAUCACCUUUGUAAGCACCAGUCGAAGCUACUUGCUACUCCCUGGCACUGCUCAAAUUGAUGGUUUGUCAGUGAGCUUCCAGUUCCGGACAUGGAAUAAAGACAGCUUGCUUCUGUUCACCGAGCUGUCUGAAAACUCAGGACAUCUCUUGGUUUACCUCCAUGGUGGCAGAUUGACACUACUUAUUCAAAAGGAGACUGAGAACCCAGUGGAAAUCACUGAAGGCACCAAUCUCCACGAUGGGCUUUGGCAUUCUGUGAACAUCAAUGCCAGAAGGCAUCGCAUUACCCUGACGCUGGAUAGCAAUGCUGCCACCGCCAGCCAUGCAACCACUGUCUCAAGGAUCUACUCUGGGAACAGCUACUAUUUUGGAGGGUGCCCUGACAAUUUCACCGAUUCCCAGUGUUUAAAUCCCAUUACUGCUUUUCAAGGCUGUAUGAGGCUCAUCUUUAUUGAUAACCAGCCCAAGGACCUCAUUUUAGUUCAACAAGGCUCACUGGGGAAUUUUAGUGAUUUACACAUUGAUCUGUGUGGCAUCAAAGACAGAUGUUUACCCAACUACUGUGAACAUGGAGGAAAAUGCUCCCAGUCCUGGACCACCUUUUACUGCGACUGUAAUGAUACAGGCUACAUGGGAGCCACCUGUCACAACUCUGUCUAUGAGCAAUCCUGCGAGGCUUACCGACACCAAGGGAAGACAUCAGGUUUCUUCUACAUCGAUUCUGAUGGAAGUGGACCACUCAGACCACUCCGUGUUUUUUGCAAUAUAACAGAAGAUAAGAUCUGGACUGCAGUGCAGCACAACAGCACAGGGCUGACCAGAGUGCAAGGAGCUGGUCCAGAGAAGCCCUACACCAUGUCCUUCAACUACAACAGCAGUGCGGAGCAGCUGGAGGCCGUGAUAAACAGUGCUGAGUACUGCGAGCAGGAGGCAGCCUACCACUGCAAAAAGUCGCGGCUCCUCAACACCCCGAAUGGAAUGCCAUUUGCUUGGUGGGUUGGCCGUGCCAAUGAAAAGCAUCUUUACUGGGGAGGAUCUCUUCCGGGCAUUCAACAGUGUGCAUGUGGAUUGGAAGAAAGUUGUCUGGAUAUGAGAUAUUUUUGCAACUGUGAUGCAGAUAGAGAAGAAUGGACAAAUGAUACCGGCCUCUUUGCUUUCAAAGACCAUUUGCCUGUAACUCAGAUUGUGAUCACUGACACAAACAGAUCAAAUUCUGAGGCUGCUUGGAAAAUCGGCCCUUUGCGUUGCUAUGGAGACAGGCAGUUCUGGAAUGCUGCUUCCUUCAACACGGAGGCCUCCUACCUGCACUUCCCCACACUCCACGCCGAGGUCAGUGCGGACAUCUCCUUCUUCUUCAAAACUACCGCCGUAUCCGGGGUGUUCUUGGAAAACCUUGGGAUUAAAGACUUCAUACGAAUUGAAAUAAGCUCCCCCAAGGAGAUCACCUUCUCCAUAGAUGUCGGGAAUGGCCCCACAGAAGCCACUGUGCAGUCUCCCACACCCCUGAAUGACAACCAGUGGCACUACGUCCAGGCAGAGAGGAACCUCAAGGAAACUUCUCUGAAGGUGGACAACCUCCCCAAGAAGGUCCUGGAAGCCCCUGCUGAGGGACACUUCCGCCUGCAGCUCAACAGCCAGUUAUUUGUAGGGGGAACAGCUUCCAGACAGAAGGGCUUUUUGGGAUGCAUUCGAUCUCUGCAUUUAAAUGGACAGAAACUUGACCUCGAGGAGAGAGCUAAAAUGACACCUGGUGUUAAACCUGGAUGCCCAGGACAUUGCAGCAGUUACGGGAACCUGUGCCAUAAUGGAGGAAAAUGUGUGGAGAAGUAUAAUGGUUACUUCUGUGAUUGUACCAACUCAGCCUAUGAAGGACCUUUCUGCAAGGAAGAGGUUUCUGCAUUAUUUGAAGCCGGCACUUCUGUUACCUAUACUUUCCAAGAACCUUAUCCUGUCACAAAGAAUGCAAGCACCUCAAGCUCUGCCAUUUAUGUGGAUGCUGUCAUGUCCAAGGAGAAUAUUGCAUUCAGCUUUCUCACGGCACACACUCCAAGCCUUCUGCUGUACAUCAACACCUACUUUCAUGAAUAUUUGGCUGUGAUUCUCUCCAAGAAUGGAAGUUUACAGGUCCGAUACAAGCUGAGUAAGGAUGGGCUCCUCAUUUUCACCAUUGACUCUGGAAAUUUUGCCAACCGAGAGCUGCACCAUGUGAAGAUUAACAGGGAAGGCAGAGAGCUCGUCAUCCAGGUUGAUCAAGUUCUCAAACUCAAACACAACUUUUCUGAGAUUGAUUUUAAGGCCAUUAAGUCACUCACCUUGGGCAAGGUCACAGACACUUUGUCACUGGACCCUGAAGUCUCAAAGGCAAAUGCCUAUGGUUUCACGGGCUGCCUGUCCUCUGUUCAGUACAACCACAUUGCUCCCCUCAAAGCUGCCUUACGCCAUCCCACCAUUGCUCCCGUGACUGUCAAAGGUUCCUUGACUGAAUCCAACUGUGCAUCCAUAAUGGAAGCUGAUGUGAACACAGCAACCACAACAUAUUCCUCAUCAGAUCCUUUUGAGAAGACAGAUGAAAGAGAACCUCUCACCAAUGCAGUCAGAAGUGAUUCAGCUGUGAUUGGAGGUGUAAUAGCAGUUGUGAUAUUCAUCAUCUUUUGCAUCAUUGCCAUCAUGAGCAGAUUCCUCUAUCAACACAAACAAGCACAUCGAAGUAGCCAGAAAAAGGAGAAGGAAUACCCGGAAAACCUUGAGAGCUCCUUUAAAGCUGACAUUGACUUGCAAAACACAGUGAGCGAGUGCAAACGGGAAUAUUUUAUCUGAUGGACAAUGCAAUUUCUUUUUACUCCCCUAAACUUCCUUUCUGUAUUCCUUUCUCCCUUCCUUUUUGCUUUUCGAAUUUUUUUUUUUUAACACUUAACAUUUUUUGCUAGCUUCUUUUUCAUUUGGAAAAGACCGCCCUGCACAGGAAACACUGAGAACAAUCACAGUGCCUCAUUCUCUGCACAAGAACCUGGCAAUCACAGUUUACUUCUGCAGCUCAAGAGACCUGUUAUCCCAUCCUACACAAAAUAAGAUCCACAUGCACACCUAUUUUCUGCUGUCAGUUCUUGAAUGUUUCAAAGUCCCUACAAUUAUUUGUUGGUUUGUUUUGUUUUUUUUCCUCUGGAGCCAUUUAAGUCGUUGCUUUUACACUAGAGCUGGACUAUGUAAAGUACAGGUAAAGUAGUUGAACACAUAGCUCUGCAGAUACUGGGACAGGAUAGAGGGAAAGAAUGCGACCAAAACACCUGAUUUAUUUCAUGGGCUCAUUAACAACAAUCAUAAAGAACCAGCCAAAUUCUCAAAUGUUAUUAAUUGAUAUAUUGUCUAUUGAUUUAAAUGGUGUUAAAUUAAUUUGUACCAGUUGAAAAGCUGGUAUCACAUAAAGGAAAAUAAAACUGUCCUCAUCAAGCUCCUUCCCCCAACCUCCUGUCCUUUUACUGUAACUUUUAGGCUUCUCAGUACUUUUCCAACAAUAUAUGUAUCAACAAAAAAUAUCAUUCCCAUGCACCUCUUUCACCUCCAUCUCAUAAGGCUGGCUAUGUAGACCCAACAUACUCUAGUAUAACCCUAGCUGAAGCAUGGAAAAUACUAGCUUGAAACUCCAAGGGGUUUAGGAAGCUGCUAGGACUUAGCUGCUCUAUAUUUGUCUGAAACUUUAGAAAUGCAGCAUAUGCCUGUUCAUGCCACAUGGAGGAUUAUCACGCAUUGAGGUUAAACACUGUUGCCACUGUGGAAAAGAAAAAGUACAUAGAUGAGAAAAAAAACAAAAGAGUUUAAUCUUAAACAUGACUCACACCUUCUGCCAGCUCUUCUAAAAAAAGAAAAAAUAAAUCCUGCUACUCAAAAAAACCUCCCAAAACUGCAUGAAAGAUUGAUUGGUAUUACCUGUUUGUAGAAAUUGGAGUAACUUCUCCAAAGCUAAAUAGAGAGAGGUCUGAUUUCAUGUCUAAAAAGAUGAAUAUUUGAUAAACCUUCUUUACAAGGAAGAACAUUAGGGAAACAAAGAGAUCCCAAAUACUCUACUUCAAAUUAAGCUUCUCUCCUUUUUUCUAAAGUCUUCUGUCCUUUCCUGAUUGGGAACACUACUGAAGGAUCAAAUUCUGCCCAUUAUACUUGUGAUGCAUGGUUACAGUGUGAGGAUGAAAAACGUCCUUUUCAAUCACAGAUGUCCUAAGGGUAAGAAAUGAAGGAGUCCCAGCAAGUGAGGUUUUGAACACCCUGUUGUGUCCGUGUGACAUCUGCCUUCGCAGGGCUUCUAAAGAGUAUGGAGAAUUUGCUGGUGGUUGCAUUAAGCCCACAGUUAAGAGUAAAAAAAUCUUAUUCAUUGCAGUACUCUUGAUAAGAAUUAAUUCAAGACAAUUGAUUGUGCAGCUAAAUCUCCUUCUUUGCCCUACACCCUGUGCAGUCAUCCUGGGGUUUCCACGUGGUGGUCCUUUUUACAUAGAGUAAAAAUUAAUAGAAUCCCAGUAUGAGGUAAUAACCCACAGCAAACUAGAGAUGAGCUUACACAUGCAACAGGUGCUGUUUUUCUAGGCAGUCCAUUGCAAAGGUAUGUAGAUGUUUAUUAGUUUGAGGGGCUUUUUUAUGGGAGGAAAGAGCAGACAAGGAAGAAUAAAUAAAUAAAUAAAUGACCAUUUGGAUACAGUGAUUCUUUAGCUCUUCUUUUAGAGCAUUCAAUGAAGAGAAAGCAGUUUUGGAAUGACAUCAUUCUUACAUCAAGAGGAAUAUGAGGCCAGCCCUAUAACCAGAACUUCUCACUGAGCAAUUUUAUAAAGUUAUCUCUAUUGAAACUAGUUUGGUGCCAUUCUUCUUCAGCCAUGGUCAGCUGCAGCCCUUUUUCCACACACUGGCUGUUUGGAUGACACAAUUACUUGACAGCAUUUCUGCGUGGUGAGUGUUGGAAUGAUGGACUCAGUAGCUGGGUUCUCUUUACGUUGCUUUGUCUUUGACAGUAAAAUCCUGGCAAAGCAAUUAUCCUUUCUCUUUCCUUCCUCCAGAUCAAGCUGCUUUGUUUGGCAUGGCAGAAGGGGAGGAAUAGGAGAGUUCAUGGGCCCCUCUACCCAUGUUUGAGUUUUCUUUUCUGAAAUGGCCUCUGUAUGAGACAUCUCUGAUGUGCUAAUGUGCUUAACUGCUUUAUGAAGAAUGGAAUAGGGAGGUAAAACUGAAAAUUUAGCUAGGUUGGGGUGUGUUUGUAAAAAGAAAGAACUGCACAUGAAUGCAUGCAAGAGUAUACAGAGAUGUGCAUCUAUAGCUGUGGAUGUGCUGAGAUGGGAAGAUUUUUGUGCUACAGGGCUGAACAAAUGAACACAUUUGUAUGGACUUCUAAAUCAUGAUGUCAAAAUUAUUCUUAUUAAAUGAUAGCUAAAAUAUAGUAAAUGAAGUAGUCUAAAUAUGAACCCCUUUUUGUUUUUUGUUUUGUUCUAAUGCUUUCUUUCAUGAGGGCAUAAUGAGAUUUCCUUCAGUACCACUUUUAACUGGCAAUUAAUAUUUUUUUUUUACGAAAGAGAAAAAAUAUGGUUUUGUAACAAUCUACUAGUGCUAAAAUGGCUUUCAUUUUCUUUAGUUCAAAUUAGAACUUUUUUCCCAUCUAUUUAAAACCAUUUCUGCUAUUUUUGUUAAUAUUUCUCUUUAAAUGGGGUGUUUUCCCUUUUUCUUUUAGCUAUCAUUCUAGAUAAUAAUUUUCAGUAAACCCAGCGGAUAGUAAUUUUUAUACAUAAAAUUUCAGGUUUCAUUUCAGUGGAAAACCUGAGACUAUCAAAGAGUUGUUUGGAGGCAUUGUUUGGGUUUUCUUCCCUUCCUUAAGAUGAGUUUAAAAAUAAAAGUAAGAGACUGGUAGAAGGAUACUAAGUCUCUUUUUUUCUCUUGGUGAUGUGAUAUGUAACCUCUGAAAAUUAUUAUUGCUAGGCAGGGAAUUUUAGACUGUGAAUUUAUAAAGUAUCUUAGAUAUGGAUUUAGGCACUGCAAAUUCCUGUUUUCCAGAAAAGACUUGACCAAUAAUAGCCAUGCUUGUAAAGCUAUUUAGUCAUGCAGUCUGAGCUGGAUGCCCGGAAGGACUCUGUGAAUCCUGGUGCCUGGCUACAGAAAACAAAGGAAGGCUGGAUGUCAGAAAGCUAAAUCCAGCUAACUUUCAGUGUGAUAUAGGCUGUCACCUGGGUGAAAGAUAGGCUUUACGAGGAAAUUGGUCUCUUGAGGAUGUGGAUCAAUGCUUAAGUGACUAAACAAAAUGCGCAUUUAACUCAAAUUAAUUUCGGUUGAAUUUCUGCAUCUACCUUGCUGUGAAAUGUUCUAAUAUACUACAAGACAUUUAAAUACCUUUGAAAAUUGAGUCCCAUUUCUCUUUUAGAAAUAAAACUUUGGUACUAAGUAAGUUAUCUAUGUAAUUGGCAGUUAGCAUUUCAUCUGUCCUUAUUCACUUACUAGAGACAAGACAGUGUGAGUGUUUUGGUCAAUUUUUAACAUGUACACUGUUUUUAUUUUUUCUUGUUCUUGCCGUGGCUCAGCACUUAAGUUAUGUCUGCAGUGAGAAAGCUGAAUAAAAGACAUAAUUUUAACUCAUAUGGGCUAAGCCAGGAUUCCCACCUGGGUAAAUACGACUGUUAAAAGUAGACAUAUAGAAUUGUGCUGUUAUCAGAUUGUGUUCAGUCAUCAGAUGUCCCUGAUAUUUAAGUUAAAACUAUAGCCAGAUUACAAAAAUAAGAUGCUUUCUCUCAGCUUUAUUUUAGCCUGAUCUAGCUGGACUUAACUCAUCCUAUUUAUCAAUUGCUCAAUUUUUACAGUGUAAGCCAAACCCUUAUUUUAAUGAGAUCUUUGACAAUAUUAGCAUUUAGCUUAUCACAUAUUUCACAUAUUGGGUGAGAAGCAAUCAAUAUAUCAUAUUGUUUCACUAUGGUGAUGGGUUAUGAAUCUUUUCCUAAUGAAGUCAGUUAUUGAUUUUGCUGAAGAUAAGAUUGAGUCCAAGACAUGUGAAUCACUUGGAUAUUGCUUUUAUCUGAGUCUUUUGGGUUUGUUUCAUUUUGCAUUUGGUUUUACCGACUGCCUGUUUUACAAUUAUCAUCCUGUCCUGUCCAGCCCUGUGGUUGGUGAGGACACGGAAAAUGUCUCAAACACCCUGUCAGAUUAAAUGAAUCACUAGAGAUGCCUCUUGCUCUCCAUUGAUUAUAGAGAGAAGGUAGACUCCUGGUGAUAGAUAAGUUAAUUCUAGCAGAAUUUGCCUGUGAAUCAGAAUUUUACAAUAGUUUUGCAGAUCCAGCAGAUACAUCUGCUGACUUUUUUUUUCUGAGGUGACAGCUGGGGUCAAGGAAGGACACCUUGCAUCUAAAAUUACACUAAACAUCUCUGCCUAGUAAAUGCAUACAACUCCUUGUAGCCAAAUACAUGAAAAUCGAGUUUCAAAGUACCACUUUGAGUCAAUGACAAUGUGAUCAGGAAUCUGUGGGGCUUGGAAGUGGAUAAUUCUGCUUUCAGUCUAUUCUAGAUCCAAUAUCCAUUUUUUGCCUCACAUAGGAGCUUUGGCAGAUAGCAUAUGUGAAGCCAGAUCCACACAUUUCCAAAUCUAAAGCUAACUCAGCCCCCUCAGAUGCCUUUCUGCAUGUCUGGUGCCAUUUGAGAUGAUACUGGGGUAUCUCUGCAGCUCCAGUAAGGAUGUCAUAUCUUGCAUCUGUUGACCCCAAGUAGCUAUGUCUGAUACUUGCUGGCUUUUCAAAUUACAGUAAGUGCCCAUCCAGAACCCCUAAGUUCUCAAUGAGAUGAAUCCCUGAAAAAAUAAAUCCCAUCAUCAGAACAAAAUCAACCAUCCUUCUCAUCAGUGUAAGCCAAUCAAUUGACAUGCAUCCUCCACCUCAAAUUAACAAGUGUAGAGGAGGCAGAACUUGACCUCUUUGUGGUCCAUCUCCUCAUGCCAUUACUGUCUGUUGCAAUCACCUACACAAAGUUUAUCCUAAACAAGACCAGUUUCAAGUAGUCUGCACUGCCAGUUUUUCACAGAUGCAAAGUAGGUUUUUUAUUUUUCAGAAAGUAACACUUUGUAAAAGGCUUGAGCAAAGUCUGAGACCUUGUGAGUGCUAUUUCAAAGCUUUCAUGCAGUUUUUAAAUGCCUACUUUUCUAACAAGCCAAGUGAUAUAGUUACAUCCCUGCCCAACCAAGGGCCUUAUCCAAAGUCUUUAGAGGUUUGGGAGGCCUCUUGCUUGACUACAGUUGGAGUUGCACCAUGCCCUUGAAGGUUUUGGGGGUUUUCUUCACAGAUUACUAUGACAGCUUCAAAGCAUGAUUUGUUUCCUUGGGUUCUGCACUUUCUUUCCCAGUGGAAAGUUCUUCAUGUCCUCUUUCAGUGUGGGCGGCCCCCUCCUCCUUCCUACUUUUGUACAUGAAACUUCUAAACACAUUCUUCUUUUGGGUCUGAAGUAGCCUUUUCUUUGAUUGUUUAUUUCAAGACAUGCAUAUAAAGAGUUUGAGUAUUUCAGUGUAUUGGUACUUAUUUUUGUGAUCUUUUGCACUAAGGUACUCUGACAAAAACAGAAAUUGGGAAAAAAAAAAAGCACACUUUCUGGUGAACUCUUGUAAUUUGUAAGCUCGUUGUUUGUUGUUUGUAAUGUGCUGAGUCUACAAGCCGAGCUAAAGAAGAAUUAAGGCAACAGUUUGUGUUGACAGUGUCACUCCAUAUCUAGUUCACCUCUGUGUUCUUCAUCCCUCCUUUUUCUUUAACAUGUGGAGCUAUCAAAUUGCUGGUAGGAGUCAGAGGAGCUUGUUUUACAACUCAGAUUAAGAUUAUGAUUUUUCUCCUGGCAGUCACAGACACCAAAAUGUCAGCGGGGUGUUCAACCAGAAGGGAGACUGCACUCCAUCGUGGAGAUGUAGUCACCUGGAGGUGGUGACCUCUAAGGGGAAAAGAGGACAUUAACACUUCAGACUACCAUUGUGACGGGGCAGUGAAGGAGGCAAAAGCUCUCAGGAAACUUACACUGUUUGAAGCCACACAUGGUGGAUAUGAAGCUUUCAGGUGUUUUUCACAGUUUGGUUUUUGCCGUGGAAUGAAUUGCUACUUAGUCUGCCAAACCAUAGUCUUAAUUGUCCUGAUGAUCUGUAAAGUACCGAAGACAUGCUUCAAACAUGGGACAGGAUUUCAAAGCUCUGGCUGAUUCUAGAUCCGAAUCUCUCUGGUUAGAUCGCUGGAACUCUCCCAGAUAACCCAAAGGAGAAUUUGGGGUGGUUUCCCUCAAACAAUCAUAACAUUUCAUCAAAUGUUGGGUACAAGAGGUGAUCCAAAGAAUGGUGUUUGCUUAGAGACUUUCCACUCCCCAUCCCUCCCUCGUUUAGGAUGCUUGUGGCAGCUUUUUUUGAAACUACUGACUGUUGUUCACGUUGCAACACCAGCUACUUUUUGAUAUGCUAAGUCAUACCUCUCUUCACAAAUUUCAGUCCCACAGCCCUAAAUAGAGUCCAUUUGGAACGAAUUCUGCAUGGGAAAUUAUUUACUCACUUUUGCAUGCCCUUUACAGCUCCUUCUUGCAUCCUUUAGGCACACCCUUUUUUGAUGUGUUUUGCCAUUGCUGCCAAUGCAGCACCCAUGUUGUCAAGAAAGAAGAACAAUUGUUUCUUAGGUAAAGCUUAGAUACAGCCAGUCGCAGCCUCACUUCCCAUUCACAAAGCAGCGGAAUUGACGUUUCAGGAGCCUAGGAGAGCAAACAAGUACUUUUUUUUUGUUCAUACAUCCAGUCAUAAAAAUCUCUACUCUCUGAUUUUUGCAAAUGAAAUCUGUAACGCAGACCAUUAUAUCUAAAUGAUAGUGAGAACCUUAACAGUUGUACCUGAUCUGCUUUGAAACCCAAGUUUGUAAAAGAAACAAGAGCCAGCUUCAGACCUGGUUGUAGUCCUUUUUAGGUCAAUGUAGAUACAUCACAGAUUAAUUUAGCCUCAUAUUGGCCUUGCAUUGAUGAUCUGCAAACUGGGGCUGACAUACAUGAAUCCAAGUCAGGACCUUAUAGUCAUCAUCCCUUACUGCUGUCAACGAGAGUUUCAUUCACUGAAAUCGUGUUGUCUUCUAGCAGAAAUAUGGAUAAAAUUUGGGAUAUGGCAAUGAACUUCAGCUCCACAAAGCCCAUGAUAUGGCUUAAGUCAUCUUCAGGAGCUUCUAAAAAAUGUGUGUAUGGGGAGGGUUGGUCUGUGGGUAGUGUCUUGUCAACCACACCCACUAACACAGGAGGGAUUUUAUGGGAUUUUAAUGGAUAAAGGCACCCUUAAAAGAAAAAAAAGGGCAAAAUGGCAGCUGAGAUUAAGUAUUUGUAAUAAGAAAAAAUUGGUUCUUUCUACUGAUGAGCCCUUCAUCAUUCAUUUUACUUUCUUCUACUCAAAUUGUAUUAAAUAAAUCGCUCAGAACUCUGUUCGUUUUAUUAGCAAAGCAAAAAGAAAAAACUUUUUUUUAAUGGUUUGUCCAAGGGUAAUGCAAGAGUCUCUCAGUUACAGUAAAAAGCAAAAUGGAGAUUUAGAUUAUUCCCCUUUCACUAUCUGGUUUUCUAAAGAGAAUGCCACAGGACGUUGCCUCAAUCUAAGUCAGUUUUGUAGACAAUGUAACAUGUCUUAAUACCCUGUUAAGGGAUUGAAAAAAUUUAGCCUUAGCUUCUUUUGUUUUCUAUGGUUACUGUUGUACAGAAUAAAGACUUAAACUGUAAGUAAUGUAUAUUUAAUAAAAAAAGACUUUUUGUAUGA